AUGGCGAGCCCGGAUUCACAGACAAUAGAACUAGAUCGUGAAUAUCUCGCUACUGUCACGUUCCAGGGCCGCGAGUAUCAGAAAUAUUCGAUCGAUCACCGCACAUAUUUCGGACCGGUCGACGAGGAAGAAGCAGAACGGCUCGAGGACGAGCAGCAAGUGUUUCAAAGAAUUUUCGAUAACCGCCUCAUAUUUCCACCAAUACGUCGACUUCGAAGAGUGUUAGACUGCGGGCAUGGAUCCGCAUCCUGGGCUGUCGAGGUUGCUGAACAAAAUCCCAGCUGCGAGGUCAUCGGCGUGGACAUUGCGCCGCACAUGAAUCCAGACGAUAUGCCUGACAACUUGUGGCUUCAGGUCGAUGAUCUGAAUCGCCGUUUCACAUUUCCCACCAACCACUUCGAUCUUGUCCACUCGAGACUCCUUGCGACCGGUAUCCACCGAGCCCGAUGGCCAUCCUAUCUCCGUGACAUAGUCAGUGUACUGAAGCCAGGAGGAUGGGUACAGAUGGUCGAGAUAUACUUCAAUGUGCAAUCCGACAAUGGCUCACUCACUGACGACCAUGCCCUGAGAAGGUGGAGCACACACUAUCUGCGUGCUUUGGAGGAUAGGAAAGAUCUUCGAAUUGGUUCGAAACUGAGAACACUCAUGACAGAGGCGGGCUUUGUCGAGGUGGACACAAAGAUGAUCCCUCUUCCUUUGUCAGCGUGGUCGAAUGAUGCAAGAAUGCGAAACAUCGGCCGGUCGAACCACGAAAAUAUCAAGCAACUUCUUCGAUCACUUGCCCUCUACCCAUUGAUUCAACGUUUGCAUAUGUCACCACAGAAUUUCGAGGCCCUUGUCACGCAAGCACAGCGGGAGGCGGCUGACCACACGUUGAAACCAUAUUUUCCUCUGUACGUCUGCAUUGGCCGAAAGCCAUAG